AUGGCAGACCGUGCCACCAACGAGUACCUCAACACCGAGCGUGCUAAGAAUGACGACAACGACCUCUUCGCUGCGAUCGGCAAGCAAGUUCUCGGACUCAACUUGGGCGAUGACGAGGAGCCUGCUGAAGACGAUCGAGUCAAGGUUGUGGACGAGAUCGAAAGUCUGUGCAUGAAUUGCCAUGAGAACGGCAUGACACGACUACUACUCACAAGAAUCCCAUUCUUCCGCGAGAUCAUACUCAUGUCCUUCUACUGUGAGCAUUGCCAUCUUAAGAACAACGAGAUUCAACCCGCAGGAGAAAUUCAAGAGCAAGGUUCAAAAUAUGCCUUCAAGCUCAGCAGUCUAGAUGACCUGGAGCGUCAACUCGUCAAGAGUGAUACAGCCAUCCUACGGAUCGAAGACUUGUUGAUCGAAGUGCCAGCUGGACGAGGCCGUCUGACGAACGUUGAGGGAAUACUCAGCGAAGUUCUGAAAGACCUCGAGGGCGAUCAAAAGCUGAGGAGGAAGGAAGAUCCGAAGCUGUAUAAAAAGAUCGACGGCGUUGUUCAGUCACUCAUCAAGAUGUUGAUAGGUGGCAAGUUCCCAUUCACGAUUUCUCUUGACGAUCCCGCUGGUAAUUCUUGGAUCGAGCCCUCGCCCAGCGACUCCAAGACGAAAGGCAAAUAUACGCACUCACAGUAUCCACGGACACCAGAGCAAAACGAGGCUUUGGGCCUGGGCGAGACCUCGGAAGAGCAAGGCGUUGGCUCAGCAGAGAUGGUGCCUCAGCUCCAGCCCGAGGAUGGUGGCGGUAUGGAGGAUGUGGAUAUACUCGAAGGCCAAACAUACGACUUGCCCGUCUUCUGUCCCGGUUGCGCCAAGCCUGCGCAUAUGCUGGUCCAGAUGGUGCAUAUCCCACACUUCAAACAAGUCAUCGUCUCAACAACCCAUUGCGAUGUGUGCGGGUACAAAACGAACGAUGUCAAGACUGGAGGCGAAGUCCCUGAGAGUGGGAAGAGAAUCUGGCUUCACGUCAAAGAUGCAAAAGACCUUGGACGAGAUAUCCUCAAGUCGGAGACAUGCCUACUCAAGAUUCCUGAGUGCAGAGUUGAAGUCACGCCGGGGACCAUGGGUGGAAGAUUCACGACUGUUGAAGGUCUUGUGACACAAAUCCGUGACGACCUCAAAGGCUCUAUCUUUGACGUUGGUGAGGACGAGGUAUCUACAGAUUCGAUGCCUUCCGACACGAAGAAGGAAUGGGGUACAUUCUUCGCCCAGCUAGACAAAGCAGUCAAGGGGGAGAUUCAGUACACCAUAUUAAUGGAGGAUCCAUUAGGCAAUAGCUAUUGUCAGCUUUUGGAUCUGGAUGAUUCUGGGAACGAUCCAAAGGUCCGAACCCAGGAAUAUGAGCGUACGGAAGAGGAAGAGGAGGAACUCGGACUAGCAGAUAUGAAAACGAGGCUGAACGAAAAGGGCGAAUAUGUCAGAGAAAAAUUAGGCAAGACAAGUCCUAAGCCGGAGGGGGCUGCUGAGUCUUCUGGGAUAGGCAACACUAAGGCUCAAAACAAUGGGUCAUAG